AUGCCGAGUUUACCAAAACUGGUAUGCAUACCUGGAUCUUGGCAUAAACCGACAUGCUAUGACAAGGUCACCAAACUGCUUGAAGAGCAACAUGGAUUCAAAUCUGUCAGAGUAACCCUCCCGUCGACAUCAGGGAACCCAGCCGCAACCUUCAAAGAUGAUCUUGAUGCUGCCCGCGAAAUUAUAUCCAAAGAGAUAAAUAAUGGGCAUGAUGUGGUAGUUGUUGCCCACUCCUAUGGCGGAGUGGUCGGCAACAGCGCUAUCAAGGGAUUCACGCUGAAAGACGUCAAAAGCCAAACUCAACUCUCAACAACGGGACACGUCAUUGGAAUUAUUCUUAUAGCCUCUGGCUUUACUUUGACGGGACUGUCAUUCAUGGAUCCAUUAUUUGGCCAUCCGCCUCCUGCCUGGCGUGUCAAUAACGAAACCGGGUAUGCCGAGCUCGUUACUCCACCAAGAGAACUGUUUUAUCACGAUGUUCUUGCCGAAGAGGCCGAAUAUUGGGUCUCCCAGCUCACCACACAGAGUCUCAAGGCUUUGUUCGAGGGUGGCGAAUAUACGUAUGCUGGUUGGCAAGACGUGCCUGUCUGGUAUGUUGGUACGGUUGAGGAUCGCGGGUUGCCGGUGUUGGUGCAGCGGAUACAAGUAGGUAUGGCAAGGGAGUUAGGUGGUAUCGUUGAGCAUAGGGAACUGCAGACGAGUCAUUCUCCAUUUCUGAGUCAACCACAGGCGACAGUGAACAUCAUGGCAGAGGCUGUGAAGGCAUUUUCAGGACAGCCAGACGGGAGAAAAUCGACAAAUGAACGUCGUGCACUGAUAGAAACGCCAAAAGCUGUACUUUGGCAACCUCUCACAUGGUUCAAAUUUGGAUUGCCGUUGUUAUUUGGACGCGUGUUGGGGAGGAGUUUCCUGCUGUUUCGUGGGGGGAAGAGGCUAUGGAGGUCUCGGUUCGGUUUGCGUAGUGUUUGA